AUGAAAUUUCAAAUAGGUUUCCAUCUAAGAAAAGGUAGAACGGAAUGGGCGUGUAAAGUUAUGAAAAAAGAUCAUUUAAAUAAAAAAGAAGCUCAGAUGAAAAUUUCUACAUUAUUAGAAUUAAAUCAUCCGAAUAUCAUAAACAUAAAACAGGUUUUUGAAACGGAAAAUGAAGUGCAAUUAGUCAUGGAAUUGGUACACGGAGAAGAAUUAUUUGAAAAAAUUGUCGGAAAAGGUUUUUAUUCGGAAAAGGAUGCAGCACAAUGCGUCGGUGACAUAUUGAAAGCUCUCCAGUAUUUACACGGUCACGGUAUCAUACAUAAAGAUUUAAAACCGGAAAAUCUUUUGUACAUAUCCGAAACUGAUGAUUCCGAAUUGAAAUUGGCAGAUUAUGAAAUGAACGUUUUACUGUCGGACCGACAGCAAGAAAUCAACAGAAAUUGCGGAUCGUUUGGACUUUCGGCUCCCGAAUUAAUUCUUAAUAAGGAAUACGAUUCUUCCGUCGAUUUGUGGUACGUCGGAGUCGUCACUUACAUAAUGUUAUGUGGUUUCGAACCGUUUUUAGAUGAAAAAAGUCAAGUGCCGACGACAGGAAAAAUAAUAAAUGGUGAUUACACUUUUCCGUCGCCAUGGUGGGAUGAAAUUUCAGACAGCGCGAAAGAAUUAAUAACUAGAUUGCUGUCGACCGAUCCGAAAUUAAGACCGACGACAACCGAAGCUUUAAAUCAUCCGUGGAUUUUAGGAAUUUCUGUUGGACAUCUUCACAUGAACGAUACCAUUCUUAAGCUGAGAGAAUUCAAUGCGAGAAAAAGAUUUAGGGUGGCAACAAAAGCCGUUCUCGCAACAAGACGAGCUUUAAGUUUUCUACCUAAUAAAAAUAACGGUGACAAUGAUAAAACAGUUUUAAAAAGUUUACAAAAAUCACCGUUAGAUGGUACGGUCAUUGAUUUAAAAAAAAAUACAAACGGCGACGGUAAUAAUGAGAGUUGUAAACUUUCACCAAUAGAUGUCAGUGAUAAAGACAACAUUGAUAUUAUAAAAAAUUUAACAAUAGAUGGCAGUGUACUUGAUAACGAAAAAAAAUUUGAUAACGAUUCGGAGCAAUAUCAAUACAAAGGAAACUGUGAUAACAAUUCAAGAUGA